CGGAAAGGGACGAAAAUGACCGAAGCGCGACUCGGCAGAGCAGCGUUGGUGAAACAUGGCGGCCAAGGCGCUUCGGCAGCGAGCCAGACGAGGCAGCAGACAGGAUGCAAACAACGUGAACGUCCCAGCCGAAGCCCGGCCGACGAAAGAAGAGAAAGCCACCGAUGAAAGCAAAAUAACAGAGACCCGGCAAGAGCCGAUAAGUCGUGGAGGGCAGGUGUGGGCUCCAGAGGGGUCGACUGCAUUUAAAUGUCUCCUCUCUGCACGCUUUUGUGCUGCUUUGCUCAGCAACAUCUCAGACUGCGAUGAGACGUUUAACUACUGGGAGCCUAUGCACUUUCUCUUGUAUGGGACAGGAAUGCAAACAUGGGAAUAUUCCCCACUGUAUGCCAUCAGAUCCUACGCUUACUUAUGGCUGCAUGCGCUCCCUGCUUGUUUGCAUGCCCAUGUUCUACAGACUAACAAGGUGUUGGUCUUCUACUUUGUGCGGUGUGUGUUAGCAUUCUGCUGCUGUGUCUGUGAACUCUAUUUUUACAAGGCAGUUUGUAAGAAGUUUGGUUUGCAUGUGGGGAGGCUGAUGUUGGCAUUUCUUGUCCUGAGCACGGGAAUGUUCUGCUCCUCGGCAGCUUUUCUGCCUUCCUCUUUCUGCAUGUACACGACUCUGAUUGCCAUGACGGGCUGGUUUCAGGACUCGAUACCACUGGCUGUUAUGGGCGUGGCCGCCGGUGGAAUCGUUGGCUGGCCAUUUUCUGCCUUGAUUGGGUUUCCGAUCGCGUUCGACCUGCUGGUGAUAAAGAGAGAGUGGAAGAGUUUCCUGAUCUGGUGCGCUCUUGCUUUGCUUCUGCUGCUGGUCCCUCUGGUGGCAGUGGACUCCUUCUUUUAUGGCAAACUGGUGAUUGCUCCACUCAAUAUCCUGCUUUACAAUGUCUUUACAGAACAUGGGCCUGAUCUUUAUGGUACAGAGCCGUGGCAUUUUUACUUUCUGAAUGGAGUCCUGAACUUCAACCUGGUGUUUGUUUUGGCGUUGUUUUCCCUGCCGCUCACCGCUCUCAUGGAGACGCUGCUGCACAGGUUCAAUGUUCAGAACCUGGGCCGCCCAUACUGGCUCACUCUUUCUCCCAUGUAUCUGUGGAUGUUGGUUUUCUUCACUAGACCUCACAAGGAAGAGCGCUUCCUCUUUCCCAUCUACCCUCUCAUCUGCCUCAGUGGGGCAGUAGCGCUCUCGUCUUUACAGAAAUGCUACCACUUCCUGUUCCAGCGAUACCGACUGGAGCACUACACCGUUUCCUCUAACUGGCUGGCUUUAACCACUGUCGUUGCCUUCACAGUGCUGUCACUGUCUCGCUCUGUCGCUCUCUUCAGAGGGUACCAUGCUCCUCUGGACCUGUAUCCAGAAUUUCACCGCAUCGCCAAGGAUCCCACGCUGCACUCCGUCCCCGACGGCCGACCAGUCAGUGUGUGUGUCGGGAAAGAGUGGUACCGCUUCCCAAGCAGCUUCCUUCUGCCUCACAACUGGCAGCUCCACUUCAUCCAGUCUGCGUUUAAGGGCCAGCUUCCCCAGCCGUACGCCUCUGGGCCUCAGGCCACGCAGAUCAUUCCAGCCAAUAUGAACGACCAGAACCUGGAGGAGCCUUCCAGAUAUGUAGAUAUAAAACAGUGCCACUAUCUCGUGGACUUGGAGACGGAUGAGGAAACUCCACUCGAGCCUCGCUACUCAACCAGUAAAGAAGAGUGGUCGGUCGUUGCUUAUAAGCCUUUCCUUCAAGCUUCAAGAUCCUCUCCUCUCUUCAGAGCUUUCUACAUCCCAUUCAUAUCAGACCAUCACACCACCUACAGACGGUACAUGAUCUUGAAAGCACGGCGACAAAAGCAGCCUCGUAAGCGGGCCCACGGCUGACUUUUGGACCUGAUCCUUCUCCCUACCCCAUCCAAGAUUAUUGAAAAAAAAAAAAAUAAAUUAGGAGUCUGUUGCAUCCGAGCCACGCAGCCGGUGUUUGUGUGUCAGUGUGCAUGUGGUGUGGUUUGU